AUGACUGAUUCCAAUAAAUUUCACCAAGCUCUUGUUGUCUCCAACAUCAAGAACCAUAUCUCCAUCACCCUGGAGAUGAAAAACGUCCAAUAUGCAACGUGGACAGAACUGUUCAAGAUUCACACACAUUCUCACAAGGUCCUCCACCACAACGCCCCAACGGAGAAAGGCAAGGAGAAAGUGAUUAAAACCAAUGAAGAAAAGGAACUGUGGUUGACCCUUGAUGUUGUGGAAUUGUUUGAUCAACUCAAGAAUGUAGGCACACCUGUGUCAAACAACCAUCUUGUUCUUCAAAUGAUGGUCAACCUCACCAAGGCUUACAAUGGGGUUGCCACACUCAUUCGCCAAAGCGAUCCUCUUCCAUCAUUCUAUCAAGCCCGCUUUAUGCUCACCUUAGAAGAAGUUGGUCUCGCGACGAAGGUUGCAACCCGUGGGGGUGCCACCAUGGUGGCUCACGACAUUGAUGACUCACAUUCCCUCUCCAAAAAAUCCCAUCAAAAUCGGAAUACUCAUGGUGGUAAAAAUGGUCAAAACGGCAACAACAGUGAUAAAAACAAUGGUGGCAAUUGCAGUGGCAUCCAGAGCAACAGCGGCCAUAAUAGUGGCUAG